ACCCUCUCCGCCCGCCGGCGAGGCGCGAGGGAACGCUGAGGCGGUGCCGCCCCUCAUGGGACUGGAGGAAGCCGCCGGUCCCCGCGCUUCAGCCAUGUCUGAGGAAGGAGCCGCCAAGCUGCGCCUCAAGCCCAGGAAGGCGCCGCCAUCCUGCAGCCGGGAGCCCAGCCCUGACCGGGACCCCCUUCGCCGGCGCCAGACACUAACUGACAGAUGUUCCUGGUUUGAAAAAGAAGACUUAAAUGAAUGUGAAAAAACAUGGAUUUUGUUACUGGAAGACAUCGCUCAAGAUUUACAAUGCACAAACUGGCAAACCUUGCCCAGUUUUCCAGAGUUCUGUGGAAAGAGUUCUGAGGAAGACAGUCUACAAAAACAAGAAGUCUUCACAAUUGGAAUGAAAGACUUCGAGUGGGUAUCAUUCCCAUCUUUUUGCAAAGAAAAAUGUCUAGAAUCAAAGGACCUUAGCUUGCAUCAACUAACACAGAACCAGAUCAACCAUUUACAUAAAGGACAGGACCAAGCAGAGGAACUGAAAAGUUUACCUUCUACAGCUGAGAAAACAUGCUGUGUAACUUCGACAGAUCAAACCAAAAAUAUGGUUGGGGAAGACACAAAAGGUAUUUCAAACCUGGAUCCAAGUCCCAAAUCAUGGACACUCAUUCAACCCAGUCCUACACGGCACUUGGCAUCAUUGCAAAGCUCUGCAAAAGCUUUUAGCUUUCAACAGCAGCACAAAGUGACUGUCGAGAACAGCAGAGAAAACAGAAAAGAAGAAGAUAGGAAAGAGCUUCAAAUACAAGCACAUCAAAGGAAUGUUUCAUUUGGUGAGGCCAGCUGUGUGCCUGCAGAAAAGCAGUCUCCUGCCAGGAGCGUACCUGGAGCUGAAAGCUGCAAUAGGAGGAUGGAAAAUCUGAGUGAAGGAUCUUCCACUCUUGACAGGUGUCCAAUGUGUCUGAUGCAUUUUAGUGGAACCUUGUCAGAAGGGGACAUUGAUGGUCAUCUUGCGAUGUGCUUGUCUGAAAGUGCAGAUGACAUAACUUGGUAAACCCAGAAGAACGAAGAGCAAAGGAACAAGGCCAAGGAUGGACCUUUCUCACAGGAAAAGGAAUAAUGUGGCAAAGCAGCACACCCUUGCCUCAGACUUGCUUAAGGACCACAAGCCAGUAACUAGUGGAAGGUCAAGUGCCACCUGUGCGUUUGGGGUCUUCUUAUUGUAAAUCCUCUCAAAUGCAUGUGAAAUAGCACCAUUUUCAGAACUAGAACUACAGGACAUGCCAGAGACCCUCAGGGAAAUCAGCCUUGGCACCCCUGCAAUCUGGGUGCUUCUGAAAAAAUGUGCUGUUGUAAAUCCCUGAGGAACAUGUUCUGUCUAAUGCACCACUGCUGUUCUGAAUCUCUAAGUGUAGAAGAAAGCAAGUGAACAAAAGAUAACUAUUAAUAAUCUAAUCCAGAAGUUGACUGACAUUUUUUUUUUCUAAGUAGGUAAUCUGUGAAAAUAAGCUUAACUGAAAAGUCAUUCAAGCUUAGCAUUUUUCAUUAUUUUAAUAUUCAAGUAAGAACUUAUUUGAUCAUACAGUUGAUUUUGUGAAUAUAUCUGUUAAAAAACACAACCCAGACCAAGUAAUGGCUGGGGGUAUUUUUUUUAAUCUUUCUGAAGGAACACAGCUAAGUACAUAACUCUAAACAAAUUAGGGUCCAGAAAGAACACUUAUCCUGCCAGUUCCACAACACUGAAAUGCAAAGCAAGAUUUAAUAGUCAGCCAGCCAAAACAGCUGCUUUUUGUACCAGUUCUUCCCCCCCACACCUGGAAAUCAUCAGUGUUUGAGACAAGAGGAACACCUGAGAGCUGGUUCAGGCUGGAAGGUAUUCAGAACACUCAUCUACUAUUUUAGUAACUUCUUAAUAGGAGCAGGUUAACACUGUAUGAGCUUGAGAAAAGCAACCUCUUCCCUGAAUGACAAUACAUGACAUUUAGUGACAGUUCAGCAGCAAGGAUUGGAAGCGAUGAAGCCAGGCGGAGGCAGCUGUUCAUUCCCCCCAGCAGGCCCUUACUGCUGGAGCCCGGCAGCUCCUCGGGUCCCAGCCUGACAGGUAGAAGGUGGGUCCUGCUCCGGACAAGAGCAGGGCACAGGUGCCCCAAGCAGCUGCUGCCCUCAGAGCUGCCUUCACAGAGAGGGAAGAAGAAGAAACUGACCGAAACCCCGUCAGACACUGGCAUUUGUUCAUCUCAACAAACCUGGGCCCUGGACCUCAAAAAAGAACAGUUCAGGUGCAAUCCAAAGAGAAUAAACACAGAAUACAGUAUCAAAAUACAGGAAGAAUCCUAUAGAUUUACUUUACAGUGGGGUCUCUUUAAAAAGUGCAAGUUGGACAUAGCUCAGUUCACUGAUAAAUAAUAACAGUCUAUUAACUUUUUCAUUAAAGUCUUUAAUAGAUGUGCAAGAAUAUAAAUGAUCUUAGCUGUUAUGGAUUAGUAUACCAUCUUCUGCACAAUUAAAACUGGUCAGCAAAGAUCCCAACUAAUUAUACAAAACUACAAGAACAUAUUUACUGUUUUACAAUCAUUAAAUUAGCUAGAAUUUUCAUUUACUAUUUCAAAUAAGACAGCUAUAUAUCAUUACCAGAUCCAUUUGUAAUAUAUUAGGGUUUUUUUUUUCCAAACCACACAUUUAAUUACAUCCUUCAUUUUCUUUUAUUUAUAAAACAAGUACUUUAUAUAAAAAAAUUCCCCUUCAUCAUGAACAGAACAUUAUUCAAACACUUGCACUCGAGCAACCAAACUUGUAUCCAGCAAACUAUUUGGCAACACAGCAACAUUGUAAAUGCCUGUAAAUUUUUUAAAUAAAAUCAAGUAGUCUUUACAA